AUGGAAACGAGAUCUGCCAAGAGAAGAAAGCUUCGAAAUCCUGAACAUCCAUCGGAAAACAACAGCGGCGAAGAUCGCAUAACUGAUCUUCCCAAUGCCGUUCUUCAUCACAUUCUCUUCCUUCUUCCCAUCAAAUCCAUCGUACAAACAAGCAUUUUAUCGAAACGAUGGAGGACUCUUUGGUACACCUUCCCUGAUCUUGAUUUCACCACCAUCAUCCCAUCGGGAACUGCUUUAACAAAGUUUGUUUACUUGAAGAACCUCGGCAAUGUGAUCACCCAAAUUUUAUCUCUUCGUACGAAGCUUUCUGAUGUGAGGAUCCUUCGUUUCUGUGCUUGUAUGAGCUUUUCUGGGCUACACGCACUCAUCCGUACCGCUGUUAGGCUUAGAGUUCAAGAACUCGACAUUAGGGUUGCGACCAAUGACACAUUUAACUUUCCUAGAAGCAUAAUUAGGAGUGAUUGUUUGAGGGUUUUGAAGGUGAGGUCUUGCCCUGGAUUCAGAUUACCUCCAUCGAGGAUUAUGAGAUCGGGAUUUCGGACACUCCAAACAUUAUCACUUUCCUUUGUCCACCUAGACAAUCAAUCAUAUUUACUCGAUAUGUUCACAGAUUCUUCGUUUCCACAGCUAAGGAAACUCAAUUUAGAUUCUUGUUUCAAUUUGAAACACCUUCGAGUGGGUUGUCGUUUGCUAGAAGAACUAAUGCUAGAUAAUUGUUCCACGUUACAAGUUUUGGAGAUUUUGUCUCCCAGAUUGGAGACAUUGAAGGUUUCAAGUUGUUUUAAUGCUAUUAAUACUGAUAACACCUCGUUUCAAAUCAAUGCACCAAGAUUGCAUACCAUUGUUUGGUCUAAUACUUCAAUUACCGGAAAGAGUUGUAUGCAAAAUCUACUUUGCUUGCAUGACGUUACUAUAGGGUUUCUUGCACGCCAAGAAAAUCUGGAUGCCGCUAAGCUCCAAAAUGUAUCUAGUUUUCUCUCCGGAUUCUCUCAUACCGAGUUUCUUACGCUAGAAAGCCCGUUUGUAGAGAUCAUAUUGAAGAACAAUCCUCUUGCAAACAUAUUUUUCCAUCCAUUUGUGAAGCUCAAAUCGUUGGAACUGCACAUUAGUGAAAUUCGUGGAUUGGCAAGUUUACUCAAGGUCUGCCCUAUGAUCCACACACUAAUCAUCAAGAUCACCAAUGGUCUCAAGUCCGAAAGGAGAUGGAAUAACAGAAAUGUGUGGGAUUUAUCGAGCACUUGGGAAGAACAGUACUGGGAAUCCCAAACCAAUGAUUUGAAGCCUCUUCUUCAGUUUCUAAGGGUUGUAAAGAUUCAAGGCUUUUCUGAAUGUGAAAAUGACAUUAUUAUUCUAGUUAAGUUUUUGCUCAACCAUGGGAGGGUCUUGCAACAUCUCAAUCUCUACCCAGGAGACUACAACUCGAGAGGCUACCAUCGACAUGAAAAAUUUAAAUCACGGAUCAUGGGGUUUUCCCGAGCUUCUCUUGACGCUAAACUAGCAUUCUGUUAA